AUGGCGGGGGAGCGGGGCCUGUUUGAGAUGCAGUGCACACUCAGGAGCCUGGAGCUGAGUGUGGUGGCCCCGCAACACUCACCGUCAUGCUCGAUGCUCCCCUGGAACCUGGCAACGCUAAACCUCAGCUCAGGCGGGGGACGUGGCGGAGGACCGGGGCUGCGCUCGGGGCUUCGCAAUCAGCUGCAGGAGAAAACACACGACCAGAUCCAAGCGUUUUGA